CCCCCCGGCUCCUCUCCUCUUUCUUUCCCCACGCCCCCCCACCACUCUCUCUCUCCCCCUCUCCCGCUCGCUCGCCCCCCGAAACCAGAUCGGCGCGGAGGGCAGAGGGGUGCCGGCGGCGUAGCGGGCCGGAGCAAUGGCGGCGGGGUACCGGGCGGAGGAUGACUACGACUACCUCUUCAAGGUGGUCCUGAUCGGCGACUCCGGCGUCGGCAAGUCCAACCUGCUCUCCCGCUUUACGCGCAACGAGUUCAGCCUCGAGUCCAAGUCCACCAUCGGCGUCGAGUUCGCUACCCGCUCCCUCCAGGUCGACGGCAAGGUCGUCAAGGCCCAGAUUUGGGACACCGCCGGCCAGGAAAGAUAUCGAGCUAUCACUAGUGCAUAUUACCGAGGUGCUGUUGGAGCAUUGCUUGUUUAUGAUGUCACUCGUCACUCAACCUUUGAGAACGUUGAGCGCUGGCUGAAGGAAUUGAGGGACCAUACAGAUCCCAACAUAGUUGUUAUGCUGGUUGGCAACAAAUCUGAUCUGCGCCAUCUCGUAGCCGUUCAAACAGAUGAAGGCAAGGCAUUCGCAGAGAGAGAAUCACUCUACUUCAUGGAGACCUCUGCGCUCGAGUCCACCAAUGUCGAGAAUGCAUUCGCAGAGGUGUUAACCCAGAUCUACCGCAUCGUGAGCAAGAGAGCAGUCGAAGCGGGUGAAGACGCAGCCUCUGGCCCUGGCAAGGGUGAGAAGAUCAAUAUAAAGGAUGAUGUUUCGGCGGUGAGGAAGGGUGGCUGCUGUGGCUGAGCAGCCCUGGUGUAUUUUUUGGAGUUGUGUGAUGUAGCUUAUGUUAUGGCUUUUUCCCAGCGACCGAGAAUUGUUAGUGGCAUUAGCAACUUCUAUGUUACCUAGAGAGUUUAUUGCCAAACUGGAAAACUGAAGGUUAGAUCAGUUUAGAUCUUUCUGUUAUUGUACUGUGUAUCCGGCUAUAGGCAUGGUAUUGAUUUUGCUGUGAAUCCACUGCUACCAUGUUUAAGCUUAUGAACUGUUCAAAAUAGAAAUAUGCUUCAUGCUUGCCACAUUCUCCA